AUGACUAACAAGAACUUCUCGCUCAUGAGAGCCCUGGCAAUCUCUCUCACCACGAUAUCACCAGCAGCAGCACACGGUUAUGUUCAGGGCAUAGUGGCAGAGGGACAAUAUUACCAGGGCUACCGACCAAACUUUCAGUGGCAACAAUCGACCCCACAGGUAGCAGGCUGGUCAGACCCAUUGAACAUCGAUAAUGGCUAUGUUAGCGAUUAUACCUCGCCUGACAUCAUCUGUCACCUUGGCGCGACUCCCGGUCAGACAUACGUGACAGUAGAAGCUGGCGAUACUGUCACUUUACAAUGGACUCCAUGGCCAACAGCUCAUCUUGGGCCAAUUCUCACUUACCUGGCGAACUGCAAUGGCGAAUGCACGAAUGUGGCCAAGACCGAUUUGUUGUUCAACAAAAUAGACGAAGUCGGCCUUAUCCAAGGUGGCAGCUCUCCUGGACAAUGGGCCGUCAACGAGCUGCUUGCGAACAACAACAGCUGGACGGUCACCAUUCCCUCUCAGGUCGCACCAGGCAACUACGUAUUGCGAAACGAGAUCAUCGCGUUACAAGAAGCCCAGACUCUCGGUCGUGCUCAGAAUUAUCCUCAGUGCAUCAAUCUCAAAGUAACUGGUACAGGUACCAAUACUUUAUCAGGUGGCACGCAGGCAACUCAGAUGUACAGGCAGACUGACCCUGGGCUGUUCAUCGACAUCUAUCAAGCUUUGAGCAACUAUACUAUUCCUGGACCUCAACUACUGGCUGGACUCGACUCCACCACGACCGCUGAGAUCAGGCUUGCAGCCAAUAUUACCACUUCUACUACGGUCCAGCCUCGGACUUUUGUGACGUCGACUCUCGCAAGCACAUCAAGCACCACGUUCAGCGCCACAGUUGCUGGUACUACCUCUACUGUGGGCUUAGCAGCAGCAGCAGUCGCCUCUUUGCCUUUGUCAGCCUCGGUGGCUACUCUUACCACCACAUCAUCGUCUACUACCAUCUCCUCUACCACCUCGUCUCCAGCUACGUUAGCUUCUACGACAACGUCCAUGAGCUCGGCCCCCAUGACUAUCACCCUACCACAAGCGGUAUUCCAAGCUACUGUGCCGGCACUCACGUUGACCAUCACACUACCAGACACCAACGCUACGAGCACGCAAUCAGCAACAGCUCCGUAG